GCACAAGUGCAAAGCGGCGCCCCGGGGCUGCGCGGCCUCCCGCGCCCCUCGCCCCUCACCUCCCCGCUCCCGGGGCGACCUUUUCGGGCGGCAGGGUGUUACCUUUUCCUAGCACAGUCCCGUCCCUCGCCAGGGAAACUUCCUACGUGCCUGUGCGUGAGAGGCGACGAGUUGCGCUCCCUGAAGUGCGAGGAGUGUUUUGCUUCUCCCCUACCAGCCUCCUCCUCCUCCAUCUCCCCCCCCCCCCCCCCCCCCCCCAAGUCUCCCCUCCCGUUUUGCUCCGCGUUGCGCUUUAUUUGUGUGUGGAGAAAGGGGGGGGGACUUGUAGAGGGGAUGUCCUGUUUUUGCCAGAGGAACAGUGCAAAAGGGGAACCUCGGCUCGGAGAAGGGACGAGAAUAAAUAAAUAAGGAGCAGCCCUAAAAUAAAGGUAGCGGCGUAUCCCGGCAGCGAGAAGUCUACUGAGCUGUAAAUUGAAAGGAAGAUAAUUUCUGCCUGUGGGCGAAAAGAAAGGUGACUAACCUCCAUGGAAGACUCUCAGGAUCUAAGUGAACAGUCAGUAAAGAAACCGUGUACGGAGUCAGAUGGUUCAGAGCCGCAGAAUCCCAGGUCUAUGGAAAUGCAAGAUCUAGCCAGUCCUCAUAAUCUUGUUGGAAGUAGUGAUGCUCCGGGUAGUUCCAAACUGGAUAAACCUAAUCUCAGUAGCACAUCAGUUACCACAAAUGGAACAGGAGGAGACAACAUGACUGUGUUAAAUACUGCAGACUGGUUGCUGAGUUGCAGUACUCCCUCUUCUGCAACAAUGUCUCUUCUUGCAGUCAAAACAGAACCCAUGAACAGCAGUGAAACAACAACAACAACUGGAGAUGGAUCGCUUGAUACUUUUACUGGGUCAGUAAUAACAAGUAGUGGCUACAGCCCAAGAUCAGCGCACCAGUACUCUCCACAGAUAUAUCCCUCCAAGCCCUAUCCACACAUUCUUUCUACACCAGCAGCUCAAACAAUGUCUGCCUAUGCCGGACAAACCCAGUAUUCUGGAAUGCAGCAACCAGCGGUCUAUACAGCCUACUCACAGACAGGACAGCCGUACAGCUUACCCACUUACGAUUUGGGUGUAAUGUUGCCAGGCAUCAAGACGGAAAGUGGGCUCUCACAGACCCAAUCACCACUGCAAAGCGGGUGCCUCAGUUACAGCCCAGGGUUUUCCACCCCACAGCCAGGCCAAACACCCUACUCUUAUCAGAUGCCAGGUUCUAGUUUCACACCAUCGUCCACUAUUUAUGCAAACAAUUCUGUUUCAAAUUCUACAAACUUCAGUAGUUCACAACAGGAUUAUCCAUCAUACACAGCUUUUGGCCAAAAUCAAUAUGCACAGUAUUACUCAGCAUCGACAUAUGGUGCAUAUAUGACCUCAAACAACACGGCUGAUGGCACUUCAUCAUCAUCAACCUACCAGUUGCAGGACUCUCUCCCUGGCCUGACUAGUCAACCAGGUACAGAUCUACAUUCAGGGGAGUUUGACACAGUGCAGAGCCCCUCCACGCCAAUCAAAGAUCUUGAUGAGAGAACAUGUAGGAGUUCUGGGUCAAAGUCUCGGGGUAGAGGGCGGAAGAAUAAUCCAUCACCCCCUCCGGACAGUGACUUGGAGCGUGUAUUUGUUUGGGACUUGGAUGAAACAAUCAUAGUUUUUCAUUCGCUGCUCACAGGAUCCUAUGCACAGAAGUAUGGCAAGGAUCCACCAAUGGCAGUGACCCUUGGACUGCGAAUGGAAGAAAUGAUUUUUAAUCUUGCUGACACACAUUUAUUUUUUAAUGAUUUAGAGGAGUGUGAUCAAGUUCACAUAGAUGAUGUUUCUUCUGAUGAUAAUGGACAAGACCUAAGUACCUACAGUUUUGCAACUGAUGGCUUCCAUGCAGCUGCAAGUAGUGCAAACCUUUGUCUGCCAACAGGUGUAAGAGGAGGGGUUGACUGGAUGAGGAAGCUGGCUUUCCGUUACAGAAGAGUAAAAGAGUUGUAUAAUACUUACAAGAACAACAUAGGAGGACUGCUGGGUCCCGCUAAAAGAGAUGCAUGGUUGCAAUUAAGAGCAGAGAUUGAAGCUCUGACAGACUCCUGGCUAACAAAUGCACUUAAAUCAUUAUCAAUUAUCAGCACAAGGAGUAACUGUGUAAAUGUGUUGGUAACAACAACCCAGCUUAUUCCAGCACUUGCGAAAGUUUUGCUAUACAGCUUAGGAGGAGCUUUUCCUAUUGAAAAUAUUUACAGUGCAACCAAAAUAGGAAAAGAAAGUUGCUUUGAACGAAUAAUGCAAAGGUUUGGCAGAAAAGUAGUAUAUGUUGUAAUUGGGGAUGGUGUAGAAGAAGAACAGGCAGCAAAAAAGCACAACAUGCCUUUCUGGAGGAUAUCCAGUCAUUCGGACCUCUUGGCUCUCCAUCAAGCACUGGAACUAGAGUAUUUGUAACUGUGUUCUAAAGUUGGCGAUCCUGGGGUUUUUUAUAUAUAUAUAUAUAUAUAUAUAUUUCAAGUACACUGAAUUUUUAUGUGUGAUUCAAUGCCUCUGGCUUUACACAUAUGAAUUGUCUUAAGAAGGGAAGAAAUAUUUGGAAUUAAAAAUUCCAAAUUGAAGAAUUCAGAUUGCUGAAUGGAGUUAAAACAUUAGUGCUACGUAAGGAAGCUCUAUGGUCUUAUAUAUGCAACGUUUUUAAAUGAAUUAAAACUGUGGAGGUUGCUGGUACACACCAAGUGAGCCCUGACAGGAGUGAACAAAGGACUCAAACUGGCAAAGCACCAACACGCGUUUUUCAGCCGACAAGGUGGUGUUCAACAACAUUCCUCAAAAUGGGAUAUAUUCUCAGCACUGAGGUUUGAACCAGACUUUAGCCUACCUAACCCAGAAAAUCUGAAUUGGAAUGCACUCAGACUGUAUAAUGACAAUCCUGUCUAGACCUGUAAUUUGUGUAAAUUAUUGAUGAAAAUAAUUUACUGUGACUUUAUUAGCAGCUGAUUUUGGAAGUGGAUGCAAUUUUUUCUUUCUUUUUGGGGGGCAGGGGAGGGAGAGGGUUAUAUAAUAUUGUCUCUUUUAUAAGUUUGGCAAACAGAAUGUGCAUAAUGAUGUGUUGUGCCUUAAAGACAAGACUGUGUUUGUGUGUUAUAAUGUAAUUUUGGUUAAAAACUAUGUAGAUAAACAAAAAAACCUUUGUGAUAAUUUUUGACAUGACCAAAUUUGAAAUUCAAAGAAAUCAAAGAGCAGGGCUGCACCAAAGCAUUUAAGUAUUUGUUGCAGUAAGAAAAAAUAAUAAAGGAAAGUUUGUGUUUUUA